AUGAAACAGUACCUGACAUCACCUCUACUACUAUCCAAACCGGAAGCAGCGAAGAACCUAUACAUUUAUCUGUCGGUAUUAGAAGUAGCAGUAAGCUCUGCCAUUAUACAAGAAGAGCUGGGGGCCCAACUGCCUGUAUUCUACACAUCCAAAGCUCUCCUCGAUAUGGAAACUAGAUACUCGAAAAUUGAAAAGCUAAUUUUGGCGCUAGUUGUUGCAACUCAGAAGCUCAGACCUUACUUUCAAGGGCAUCCGGUCAUCUUCAUGACCAAGUACCCACUACGAUCAGUUUUGCACAGUCCAGAUGCUUCUCAACAAGUAAUGAAGUGGGUGUUGGAACUUGGUCAAUACAGCCUAACAUACCAACCCCACACGACGAUAAAAGCCCAGACAUUGGUGGACUUCAUAGCAGAAUUCACCCCAAGCAUAAAAGAUGCAGCAACACAGCCCAAAAGCACCUCGGAGACAGCCGAGCAUGCCAUAGCAGUACUAGCCCCACCUAAUGGAUAUUUUUGGCAUUUGCAAGUCGAUAGAUCAUCCAACCAUCAAGGAUUAGGGGCAUGCUUAGUUCUUAUUACCCCAGACGACUCAAUACUUGAGCAAGCGAUCACUUUAAGCUUUAAAGCAUCAAACAAUGAAGCGGAGUAUGAAAUUGUACUAGCAGGUCUCCGAUUGGCAAAAGACCUAGCGGUGAAAGAGCUCUCGAUUUAUUCCAAUUCCCAGUUGAUUACUAACCAAAUCUUAGGAGAUUCUGCAGCAAAGCAUCCAAGGAUGGCUCAAUACCUCAAGAAGCUUAGGCACUCUAUCUUAAUCAAGUACUUGGAAAAGCCAAGCAUAGAUGAGGAACCAGCAGUCGAGGUGGCGCAAAUCAGCACAAUCCUGAGUUGGCAAGAUCUCAUCAUCGACUAUGUAGUCAAUGGAAUGCUCCCCGCGGACAGACUAGAGUCCAAGAAGCUCCAGAUGAAGGUAGCAUGCUACUACAUGUGGAAUGACAUGCUCAUUCAAAGAUCCUUCUCAGUACCAAAUCUUCGCUGCCUAUCACCUCCUGACGACCUGAAGAUUCUUAGCUCAAUCCAUGAAGACGUAUGUGGAAACCAUUAUGGAGGCCGCUCAUUGGCAUAA